UGCGCAUAGAGGCUACAGCCUGGGCUAGUCCUCCUCGUCGUGCGUAAAGCUCCCUGGGUGUCUGCUGCGGACUGGAUGUCCCUUCACAUGUCGGAUUUAGCUGUGCAGCAUUACUUGGUGGAUCAGCGGAUUGUCCGAAAAGCUGGUGCAGCAACUUUUCCCUGCAUAUUUCCCCCCCCUUACCAGAAUAUGUCGUUGACCAACACAAAGACGGGCUUUUCUGUAAAGGACAUUUUGGACCUUCCUGACACAAAUGACGAAGAAGGAUCUAUCACCGGAGCGGAGGAAGACACGGAGGGAUCGGAGACCACAUCCACGACAAAAAACACUGGAGUUUUGGUGCAAAGUCCUCUAGAAAACGUUCAAAAUCUGCCUUUAAAGAAUCCCUUUUAUGACAGUAGUGACAAUCCUUACACACGAUGGCUUGCUACUACGGACAGUAUUCAAUAUUCAUUACACGGCCUAUCCGCAAGCUCUCAGGACUCGGCCAAGUCCCCGGAGCCUUCCGCGGACGACGAAUCGCCGGACAACGACAAGGAAACUUCCAGCAGCGGCGGCAGCGACUCCGGCAAGAAGCGGAAAAGGAGGGUGUUGUUUUCCAAGGCGCAGACCUACGAGCUGGAGCGCCGCUUCAGGCAGCAGAGGUACCUGUCAGCCCCGGAGAGGGAGCACCUGGCCAGCCUGAUCCGCCUCACCCCGACCCAAGUGAAGAUCUGGUUCCAGAACCACCGGUAUAAGAUGAAGAGAGCCCGGGCCGAGAAAGGACUUGAAUUGUCUUGUAUAAAACCCACAGUCCGCUGCAGUCAGAUGGGCUGGAUGGGGGACAGCGCCAACAAUCAGGUUCCCAGAGUUGAGUGUUUAUGCCUUUCACUUAAUGGAUUGUCUCACCUUCUUCAGAGGAUGAACAUGAGGUGCUUGAGAUGCCAGCACUGCAAAUGGAUCCUGGGGCUUUGAGCCUGAUAACAACCAUCCAUCAUCUGUUUCAGACAUGCUUCAAUCAGCAUGCGUGAUGAUCAAAGAGCAACAAUGUGGCAGCAAUGUGUUUUACCAAUUCAAGUUGCCUAAUUAGCUUCCUGUUUAAAGAGGAUGUAAAAUAUGUGUAGCAAGUUGUGCCUAUCAUGUGUUUGUGCACUUGUACCCUGUGGUGAAUUUAUAAUGUCUUUCACUGAAUGGAAAAUAAAUUACAAAAAAAAAAAAGAAGCUUCUCCAUGAUAUUUCUCUUUGUGGACUUGCUUUAUUGAAUAGGUGCAGUAUUUCAUAUGACCAAGCGAUGAACUGCCUGACUUUCUUGUGUCAGAUACCACAUUCAGUCUUUAUACUCCUUGUGAUGCAUGAGACUGAAGCAAUAACCUCCAAUGUAUUAAUCUUCUAAUGUUACAGACACAGUACAUUUAGCUGACAAUGUUUUCAUCCACACAAUGCAGGAACGCAAACAACACCUAUCAGCCCACUGUCCUUUGGGGUUGUUUGGCAUUGGCAUUGGAAAAUGAAAUAAAACCACAAUACAAGUAGUACUUGUAAACAUCUGUAAAAUCUCCCACUACUUUUUUUCACUGUCUGAGCAACACGAAGCAGUAUCUGAGCUCAGAGGGGAGCAUCACAGUCAUGGCUGCCAUCGUCAGAGAUGUGCCUGAACAAGGCACAAUGAGAGACGCAACAUUCUAGUGAAAUUCAUAUGAAUUUACAUCUGCAAGGGAAACGUUGUCUUUUCACAUGCUUUCAUUUCUUCAUGUCUGGACUAUUGUAGCUCAGUUCACAGUAUGUGGAGGUCACAGCAUUGUCUCGUCAUUCAAGCACAAAGGUUUCUCACUGGCACUGAAAAGGACAUGUCUCCUUUUAUUAGUCUCACUUCACUGGCAACAAUUGAAAUACAGUUUGUUUUGUUUUAGUUUUUCUAAAGAAUGGUUUGACACCAGUUUAUAUUCUCUGACAUCCUCUGCCUCACUCUACCUCCUCCAGGCCCCUCAGAUCGUCAGUCCAGUGUUUCCUCUCAGUCCAAUGCCCCAGUUAAAUUGUGAGUUUGUUCUGACAAGUCUUCCUCCGCUAGCAUUUUCAUAUUAAA